GCAGAGUUCAUGCUGUGCCCAGCUUGGCCCAGCCAAUGGUUUCUUUGGCCGCAUUGUCUGUGCUCUGCUACUUGGAAGCGCACGUUUCAAAUAGGCGCGCACCUUUCAUGGUGAUAAACUACCUAUAGCACAAAAGCAACACGGAUACGCUGCGGUUGAACCUGAGGGCAUAAUAAGGGAACUUGCCUGUCGCGCGAUAAGCUAUCCAGUUCCUCAAGAAAGGACCCUGGGCAAUGCUGCAUGCAGGUAGAACGGGCCUGCAUUCAGGUUGACAGAGCACCCACACCAUGAUGCGACUGACAUUCCCCUUUGUGGACGGGACACGAGCAGCGACCCUUGCUGCACUUCUCAACACUUCACCCCUCACUCGUCAAGGUUCUGGGAUCACAUCACUCUUUCGAGAAGCAGUGGCUCAGCAAGCAGCGUCAUUCUCAAAUCUUGCAUAUGAGGUGGUGGAAAGCAGCUCAAAUGCGAAGGGAGAUCAAGGGGCACCUCUCACAGCAUUGAUCAUCCAUGGAUUGUUCGGUUCGGGGCGGAACUGGAGAACGCCUGCCAGGAAGUUGGCUGAGAGGGCUGAUGCUCUGGCCCAUGGGACAGAUGCAAGGUCCUGGCAGAUGGUGCUCGUCGACCUGAGGAACCAUGGCAAGUCGAAUGAGCUAAGCGACUUAACACCACCUCACGACAUCCAAUCUGCUGGCCAAGACCUCGUUCGCCUCUUUGAGGCCGGAACCCUGCCUUGGCCACAGACAGUCAUUGGACACUCACUAGGGGGUAAGGUGGCCCUCGAGUAUGCGAAGGUGACAGCACAGGCUGAGAACGAAGGUGCUCCGAAGCAGGUUUGGGUGCUCGAUUCCGUUCCGGGCGCCGUUCCGUCAGAUGACGCCAAGGGUGACGUCGAGCGGGUCCUGGAUGAGCUGCACUCUCUGCCGGAGGUUAUCCCGUCGAGAAAAUGGCUAGUAGAGCGGAUGAAAGACCGGGGCUUCUCCCCGGGCCUGUCGGAGUGGAUGGGCAGCAACCUGAAGCGGCUGCCCGGGAGGGGGGACGAGUCGGAGCUGGUUUUCAACCCGGCUGGUGCGCAGGAGAUGUACGACUCGUACAGGGACGCGACGUAUAUUCCCUUUCUACGAGACCUGCCGGAAGGCAUGAAUGUCGACAUCGUUCAAGCAGCCAAGAGCGACCGGUGGACGCCUGAAAUCCUCUCGGAGUUAGAAGCGAUAGUGAAGGAAUCAAAAGGAAAGCGAAAAGGAGACGGCAAGCUGAGAAUGCAUGUACUGCCAAACGCAGGGCAUUGGGUACAUAUGGAUAAUCCGAAGGGGCUGGUUGACUUGCUCGCCCCGUCGCUCCGCGAGUUGGCGCAGAUAGGACCAGGGGGUUGACGCAAGCAACUAACUAACCGGGACUCAAUCGGUGCGGCCAUUUUCGCGAACUAGUCGUUCACCAAGGACUAAUCAUCAGGAUUGCCUAUCUCCUCGCAGCUGAUGGUAUGCUUUGACCCCCUGUCACAGUAUUAAAUCAAUGGGAUUCCCUCUUUUGAUCGAAAGGCCGUUGCAGGAGCCUAUUUUUCCAGCAGCCUUCUUUGCCACU